UUUUUUUAGCAAGAGAAACACUAAGGAGAUCGAAAAACUCAAGGUUCAAAAAUGGAGGAAGAGCCAUGGAAACCGAGCUUUCGCAAGAGUGUGGCGAGAAGCAUAGGCAGGAGUUUUAGCACUGCUGCCGGGAGUUGGCGGAUCGAAGAUGCAUUUUCCGCCGGUGCAGGUGGUAGUCAUGACGGCCGGACCAGUCGUCACUCCAUGGAAGACGAAGAGGCUUUGCGAUGGGCUGCUCUGGAGAAACUGCCUACUUACAGUCGACUACGAACCACCAUCUUCAAGUCUUAUAUUCCGGCGGAUCAACAGGAAAUGCAUUCUGAUCAGAUGUUGAUGGAUGUACGAGAGCUUGACCCAGUUGCUCGACAGAAUUUCAUCGACAAGAUUUUUUCACUUCCUGAAGAAGAUAACGAAAGGUUCUUGAGGAAGUUCAGGGAACGAGUUCACAAGGUUGGAAUCUCCCUUCCAACAGUAGAAGUCCGGUUUCAAAAUCUCUCAAUAGAAGCCGAUUGCCAUGUCGGAGAUAGAGCACUUCCAACAUUGACAAAUGCUGCUAGAAAUAUCGUUGAAUCCCUUCUCGCUAUUGUUGGGAUCAAUUUCUCACAGAAAGCUAAACUACAAAUUCUUAAAGAUGUCUCCGGAGUUAUCAAACCAUCAAGGAUGGCACUUGUGUUGGGUCCACCAUCAUCGGGUAAGACAACGCUUUUGUUAGCUCUAGCAGGAAGACUCGAUAAAAACCUAAAAGUUGAUGGAGAGAUAACAUACAAUGGACAUAAGCUCAAUGAAUUUGAACCACGAAGGACAGCUGGCUACAUUAGUCAAAACGAUAUUCAUGUUGGAGAAAUGACAGUAAGAGAAACAUUAGAUUUCUCAGCAAGAUGCCAAGGAGUUGGAUCUCGUUUAGAGAUGCUAACGGAGCUUGCAAGAAGAGAAAAGGAAGCAGGUAUCAUCCCAGAUUCUGAAGUCGACCUUUUCAUGAAGGCAACCGCCAUUGAAGGGGAUGAGAGCAGUUUGAUUACUUAUUACACUCUAAGAAUUUUGGGCCUCGAUGUAUGUCGUGACACGUUUGUUGGAGAUCAAAUGAGACGAGGUAUCUCCGGAGGACAAAAGAAGCGUGUAACCACAGGUGAGAUGCUUGUGGGACCCGCAAAAACUCUAUUUAUGGACGAGAUAUCAACGGGUCUAGACAGUUCAACUACCUUUCAGAUAGUGAAGUGCUUGCAACAAAUUGUACACCUCAACGAAUCAUCAAUCUUAAUUUCCUUACUACAACCUGCUCCAGAGACAUUCGAUCUAUUCGAUGACAUCAUCCUACUAUCUGAGGGUCAAAUCGUGUAUCAGGGCCCACGAGAAAAUGUUCUUGAGUUCUUCGAGACUUGUGGAUUUGUAUGUCCAGAGAGAAAGGGUAUUGCUGACUUCUUGCAAGAGGUUACAUCUAAAAAGGAUCAACAACAAUACUGGGCAAAUAAAGGGAAACCGUAUAGAUAUGUACGAGUUAGUGAAUUUACUGAGAAAUUCAAGAGUUUCCAUGUGGGGGAGAAGUUGAAAAGCGAGUUGGCAGUUCCAUAUGACAAAAGCAAUAGCCAUAAAGCUGCUCUCGUCUUCCAAAAAUACUUAGUCCCCAGAAUGGAGCUUCUUAAAGCCUCAUGGGAUAAAGAGUGGCUACUAAUGAAAAGAAACUCGUUCAUUUACGUUUUCAAGUCUAUUCAAAUCAUCUUCUUAUCAUUUAUCGCCACCACUUUGUAUUUUCGGACCACAAUGCACCACAGGAAUGAAGUAGAUGGUGCAAUCUAUGUAGGGGCACUUUUGAACAGUUUGCUCAUAAACAUGUUUAAUGGGCUUGCUGAUCUGUCACUUGUCAUCAUGAGACUUCCUGUUGUUUACAAACAAAGGGACCUCUUGUUUCACCCUUCAUGGGCUUUCACCAUUCCAGCUUUCUUGCUUCGUAUUCCUAUAUCUAUGCUUGAGAGUAUUAUCUGGUCUGGGAUUUUAUACUUCGGUGUUGGCAUGGCCCCAGAUGCUAGCAGGUUCUUCAAGCAUCUUUUGUUGGUGUUUUUGAUCCAGAAUGUGGCAGCGGGGUUGUUUAAGCUAAUUGCUGGGGUUUGUAAGACGAUGAAUAUUGCAAACACAGGAGGAUCUAUUGUACUUCUACUCAUAUUUCUGUUGGGUGGUUUCCUCCUUCCUAAAACCCAAAUUCCAAACUGGUGGGAGUGGGCGUAUUGGAUUUCGCCAUUGUCGUAUGGUUUCAAGGCGUUUGCUAUAAACGAGUUUCUUGAUCCUAGGUGGACGAACAUAAGGAGCUCAGAUAAUUCAACCAGCAUGGGGUACGCAGUGCUAAAGAACCUUGACAUCCCAACUAAAGAAAGCCAUUACUGGAUUGGUGCUGCUGCUCUUCUUGGUUUCACGUUUCUGUUCAAUAUUCUCUUUACCUUUGCUCUCAUGUAUUUGGAAGCCCCUGGAAAGCCACAAGCAAUUAUCUCCAAGGAAGAAGCUGCAGCCAUGAAAGGUCAGGAUACCAACCAAGAACUAAAAUCACUUCAUGCUGAUGGAAACGAAGUCAAACCCGAUGCUAAAGCUGUUGCUAAGAAGGGCAUGGUGCUUCAUUUUACUCCAUACGCCAUGUCAUUUGAUGACAUGAACUAUUUUGUUGAUAUGCCUAAGGAAAUGCGAGAACAAGGGGUAACAGAAGACAGGUUGCACUUACUUAGAGAUGUAACGGGUGCAUUUAGGCCUGGAGUCUUAACUGCAUUGAUGGGAGUAAGUGGGGCUGGAAAAACUACAUUGAUGGACGUUUUAGCAGGAAGAAAAAACACUGGUUAUAUCGAAGGAGAUAUAAGAAUAUCAGGAUUCACAAAAGUACAAGAAACAUUUGCAAGAAUCUCUGGAUAUUGUGAGCAAACUGAUAUCCACUCUCCCACAGUCACUGUUCAUGAAUCUUUGAUCUACUCUGCCUUCCUCCGUCUCCCAAAAGAAGUCAGCAAGGAAGAGAAAAUGACUUUUGUACUGGAAGUAAUGGAGCUAGUUGAGCUAGACAAAAUCAAGGAUGCGAUAGUGGGGCUUCCAGGAGUUAGUGGAUUAUCAACAGAACAAAGAAAGAGGCUAACAAUUGCAGUAGAACUUGUUGCAAAUCCUUCAAUUAUUUUCAUGGAUGAACCAACCUCUGGACUUGAUGCAAGAGCAGCUGCCAUUGUUAUGAGAGCUGUAAGAAACACAGUGGACACAGGAAGAACAGUUGUUUGCACCAUUCAUCAGCCUAGUAUUGAUAUCUUUGAAUCUUUUGAUGAGUUGUUGCUAUUGAAAAGAGGAGGAAAAGUUAUCUAUGCGGGCCCACUAGGCAGGCAUUCUCAAAGCAUCAUUGACUACUUUGAGGAAGUUCCUGGGGUUCCAAAGAUCACCGAAAAAUACAAUCCCGCAACAUGGAUGUUGGAAGUCAGCUCUGGUGCUGCAGAGUUGCGACUUGGCAUUGAUUUUGCUGACUACUACAGUGCAUCACCUUUGAAACAGAGGAACAAGGCUAUGGUGAAGGAGUUGAGUGUGCCUCCACCAAGUGCUGUAGAUCUUCACUUUGAAACACAAUAUGCUCAAUCUAUGUGGGGACAAUUCACGUCUUGUUUAUGGAAAAUGUGGCGGAGUUAUUGGCAAAAUCCCGAUUAUAACCUUGUUCGUUUCUUCUUCACUUUGCUUUGUGCGCUGUUGGUUGGAACCGUAUUCUGGAAAGUCGGCAACAAUAAGACGAGCAGCAAUGAUUUGAGCACAAUUAUCGGAGCCAUGUACGCGGCUAUAUUUUUUGUUGGUAUUAACAAUUCACAAACAGUGCAGCCGGUUGUUGCAACAGAAAGAACAGUCUUUUAUCGUGAAAGAGCAGCUGGAAUGUACUCCUCAUUACCAUAUGCCAUGGCACAAGUUAUUGUUGAGAUACCAUAUGUAUUCCUUCAAACGACAUACUACACUCUCAUAGUGUACACCAUGGUGUCAUUCGAAUGGACUGCAGCUAAAUUCUUCUGGCUCUUUUUCAUCAACUUCUUUUCGUUCCUUUACUUCACAUACUAUGGAAUGAUGACUGUUUCCGUUACACCAAACGAACAAUUAGCAGCCAUAUUCGCAGCUGGUUUCUACCUACUUUUUAAUAUCUUCUCAGGGUUUUAUAUCCCACAACCGAAAAUUCCUGGAUGGUGGGUGUGGUACUACUGGAUCUGCCCCAUGGCGUGGACUGUGUAUGGGUGCAUUAUUUCCCAAUAUCAUGAUGUGACUAACACGAUCAAGGUUCCUGGGAUGGAAACCGACCCGACUCUCACAUGGUAUAUCAAAGACUACUACGGUUUUGAGAUGGACUUCAUGGGUCCAGUUGCUGCGGUUUUGGUUGGUUUUUGUGUGCUCUUCGCCUUCCUCUAUGCGAGCUUCCUCAGGACUUUGAACUUCCAAAUGAGAUAGAAAACUAUGUUUUUGAGUAUGUGAUGUUUGUAGAUUUUUUUUUGGAAUUUGAAGUGAAACUCGUUCUUUUUUUUUUUUCUUCCAUAUUCUACUAUCGUGUUUGUGAAUUCUGUUGUAAUUUAUACAUUUAAAUUGUGAUCUCAAAAUAAUUUUAUCGUUACACCCUUAUUUCAA